CAUUUUCCUGAGCUGUACCUGAAGGCAGCACUGUGCUGCACAUUUCCCACACAAAUACACACGGGUCGAAGAGUAGUUGUGGGGGAUUUCAACUCUACUUCAGGCAUCAUGAGAGUUUUUAUUUGAAUGAAGAUACGCAGCCUCAAAGAAUAGAAACGAAAUUAAUAUGAGAAUGUGACUACCAAGCGAUCACGUAACUUUGAAAAUAGCGUCGCCAGAACAUUUCGUUUGGUACGCGCUAUUCAAGAAACCAUGGAGCCGAUAACAAAGUGGACUCCGACGCAAGUUGUAGACUGGAUGAAAGGUUUGGACGACAGCUUACAGCAGUAUGUGGGCAACUUUGAGCGGGAGAAGAUCAGUGGGGAACAGUUACUGAAAAUCACGCAUCAAGACUUGGAAGAGCUUGGUGUUGCCAGGAUUGGACACCAGGAGUUGGUGCUAGAGGCUGUUGAUCUACUGUGUGCUCUGAACUACGGUGUGGAGACAGACAACUUAAAGAACCUGGUGGUGAGGAUGAGAGCAGCCACCAACAAUCUCCACAUGGCCACAUCUGAACGCAGAAAGAGCCCGGUGUAUGAUGGCAGCAGUUCCCGCAAGCCACCCAACGACUUUCUUACAUGCGUGGUGGAACUCAUUGGUGCUGCAAAGAGCUUCCUGGCUUGGCUUGACAGAACUCCACUCUCAGGGAUCAGUGACUUUACAGCCACCAAAAACAAGAUCAUUCAGCUGUGCCUGGAGCUCACCACCACAGUUCAACAGGACUGCUGUGUUUAUGAGAUGGAAGAAAAGAUCCUAGAAGUUUCCAAGAUUUUGAACAACAUAUGUGAUCAGACUGUAAGAACCACCUCUGACCCCCUAAUGAGCCAGUCUGCCUGCUUGGAGGAAGUUCAGAUGACCAAUAUCAAACCGGGUGAAGGACUGGGAAUGUAUAUUAAGUCAACAUAUGAUGGGUUACAUGUCAUUACUGGAACCACAGAACAUUCUCCUGCCGACCUGACCAGAAAGAUCCACGCUGGUGAUGAAGUGAUUCAGGUCAAUCAACAAACAGUGGUGGGUUGGCAGUUGAAAAACCUGGUGUUCAAACUAAGGGAGGAUCCCAAAGGUGUGUUCCUCCUCUUAAAGAAGCGUCCCACAGGAACAACGGGUUUUACCCCCGCCCCUCUCAAGAACAUGCGGUGGAAGCCUCCUGUACCUCAGAACAAUUCCUCUUUGAUCCGAGCCCAGUCCCCGUGCAACUCGGCUAAUGGAUCUACCAAAAAGGAGAAACCAGCAAUCCUUGAUUUUUACAUUCCACCACCACCUCAAAUGCCAUACACUCCAAGAGAAGGAAGAACAGACACCUUCUCAAGUUUUAGUAAAAGGUCAAAAGGCUCUGAGUCACCCAACUCCUUCCUGGACCAAGAGAGUAGGAAACGCUGCACCAUUGCGGAUUAUGAUAAACUAAGCGUCGGCUGUCCAAUCGAAGCCAAUGUAAUUCAACCCAGAAUGAGGGAGCACAAGCCUUCUCGUGGUAAGCCCCGGCCACUCUCCAUGCCUGUGGAUACUUGUGUUGCAAUUGUAGAUCCCUUUGCUAAGCCAUGGACGCAGAACAGGAAAGGCGAGGACCUCCUGUUCAGAUACCUGAGCAACGAGAGGAUCCCCACCAUCGCCGAGGAAGUGCCGUCGGCAUCUCCGCCCACCUACAUGUCUACCGGGGAGCAUCGGCUUGUCAGAGUGGACCGUGUCCGAGGUAGCCGCUACUACUCCAACUCAGAUCUCCACAACAGUGCCACCAUCCCCUACCAGGAGGAUGUGAAGAAAGGCCCUGUAGCUGCAGUCUCCAAGCGCACAACGGCCGAACGUUCGCUACUGGGACCCGACUGGCACUCUAGCAGAGACUUCCUCAACCGGUAUAAUCAACCAAAUAUACGAUCCUGGUCCUUCUCUCAAGCUGCUGCCUUCCCCAUAUCUGUGUCACCCUCAAUGGCUGCUGAUGAUUACAACCCCGUCUCACUGCGACACAAGUCCAAGAAGAAGAACAGAGGAGGCAAUGGUGCAAUGAGCAGGCGGAGGGUGUCAGUCAAAGAGCUGGGUCAGCCAGACCACCAGGGUUGGUUGUACAAGAAGAAAGAUAGCAAAGGCUUCCUCGGUAUCAAAUGGAAGAAGUUUUGGUUCAUCCUAAAGAAGACUGCAUUAUAUUGGUACACAAACCCACUGGCGGAGAAAGCGGAAGGCUACAUUGACCUCACCAACUUCAUGAUUGACCGGGCCAUUGAGUGCAAGAAGAAACAUGCAUUCAAAGCCUGCCACCCCCAAGUCAUGAUGUUUUAUUUCGCUGCUGAGAAUCAUGAAGAGAUGAAUUUAUGGUUGAAUAAACUUGGGCUAGCCUCCAUUCAUUAUGAGCCGACGGAGCAAAACACAGCAGCUGAAUGCUACAGUGAGGCGAGUGACCAUGAGGAAACAGAAACAACAGACAUACCUCCACCACCAUACUAUGAACAGACCCUGCGUGAUUUGGUGACUCCAGCUGAUCCACCUGGUAGCACACAUCAGGGCACUCUUCCUCCACCGUACUCCUCAGCUGUCCCUAGCGAAGCAAAUGGUUCGCAUUCUUCGCCCCUUAGUACCAUGACAUCGCAGAGUUCGUCCGCCUCGUCUCUUUCCAAACAACGCCAGUCCUGGUUGGACCUAGUCGCACAGGUGUCACCCGCUUCCACAGGUGAAGCGCCAGUGGUUUGCGCAGUCCAGGUGGACUUGCAUCAACAUCCACCAGAGGCGGAGGAAGCGCUGGAGCGCUCAGCUCCUCUUCAGUUGGUUAAAGCAAGAUCGAAUGAUAACGGGGCGGUGCAAAGAGAGUCCUCAAGUGUUGCGGACAUAGGCGAUCACUGUAAUAGUGCUGAUGAGAUGGAGAAGCUGUAUAUUCACCUGAAGGAAGCCAGCCUGUCACCUAUUGGAGACCGCAAACCAUCCACGAAACGGGAAUUCAGGGCCUCCUUUGUUAAACGGUGCAAAGACCAUGCCGUCAAUGAUAAAUUGCAUCUUAUCAGAACAUUGAACAGCACAUUAAAGUCAAAACAGGCAGACCUGCAGGCACUCGAGCAGGUGCUUACGGAGCCUGAUCUAACUUCGGCCAGGUUCAAAGAAUGGAAGGAGGCCAAUGGGCCUUUGGUGCAAGAAAUUUGUGUCGCAAAUGACCAGCAGGUGGAGUCGGAGGCCUCCCAAGAUGCGGCAGCGGCCACUGCGGAUCCUGUGGCUGAAACCAGUUUAUAAACGCUCUUCGUGUCUACUGAUACUGACUUUGGUCACACAAACGCAAACACUGCUGUCGAAUUUUCAAGUGAGACUACUGUGGACUUUUAAGCUUUGAAAAUUUUUUAAAUAAUUUUUAUUGUCCUAUUGUUUUUUUUUUUUUUUUUUUUACCAAGCAGGCCACAUUACUAUGUGAAUUGCAUCAUAGUAUUACUUUUAGCAUUUUAUAUGUAAGAUUGACCGUUUCAAGUUAUUACAUUUGUUGUCGUUUGUGUUUCUGAAUGAUGGACUAUGUUGCAUUGCUUUCUACAUCAUUUUUAUUUUUGUCGUAUGUUUGAUUUAUUUAGAUGGUGUCAGUACUGGAUGUUUUUAACUGCUUUUAGUUUCUUAUUGGUGCCAUGCACCUUUAAAAGGCUGUUACACUUUUUUAAACUGUUAAUGUUUUCAGAAAGUCUGCACUCAAGUGAAUGUGUGCCAACAGGAGUUUUUGCAUUUGAAAAAUUUCACAUAAUAUAAAACAGCAUGUCUUACAGUGUAAUUUAAAAGGCUGGUGUAUAUUGCUCUUUUUCAUUGUGCUGCAAAGUUAACCUCAUCAUCCAAAUAAAAAGUAUACAGUAUGUGAAUCUCCAUGAAACACUGGUUGUGUAGAACUUCAAACCAGAGGAUUAUUCAUCACGCACAAAAUCAUUUUGUGAAACGGAUCCAAUCACGAUAUGAUUCUGUGCAGGUCGCAAAAUAACCACAAAUAAACACAUCCGAACUUUACACUUACAGGUGGUGCCCCAAUUUUUUCCCCUGUUUUCUCCUCUUUGCAAUGAAAGCUGUUGAGCUUCUCAAAUUAAGUGUGGAUUCGUGUACAGUCUGUGGCUGUGGAUGUGAAGCUUUCUACAUAACUGAUAUUGUUUAUAUU